GUGUCGGUGAACUCGACGGCCAAGGUUUCCUGUACAGCCCCUUCAGCAUAAGUUCUCUCACCAGUGCCCGCCAAGUUUGCGAUGUCCAUAUUUCCCUCGAACCGCCUUACCGAAGCUCCUGUCCCAUCUCCCACUCGCUAAGGCCUCGCGGGCCACUGCUAUCGCGGCCCUCGAAUUCAUGCGGGCUCGUCUUUCUAAGCGCUAGAUUCGAGGAGGAAGUCGGCAAAGAUGGAUAUGGACGGCAUGGGCGGUAUGGGCGGUAUGGGGGAGAUGUCCAUGAGCCCCAAAGGAGUCUCGGCAACAAAUAUGAGCCUCGCCCGAGGUUUCUGGUAUUUCGUUGUCGCUGCUGUCGCCCUGCUUCUUAUCGUCCGCCUGGUGAAUCUCGUCCAGACUUGGUCUCGGCUACGAAGGAUUCGGACCAGCUCGGUCCAGUUUCCCACCAAGCCCACAAGAUGGUUCGCGCAGCUUUGGGCGACAUCGACUGCCGUGUGUCGGGAGGUGAGCUACCCCCAGCUUUACAUCCCGAUCCGAGGCUUGUCCUGGAUGACACCCCCGCCCAUGGGACGUAUUCUGGUUCUCCUCGUGUACUGGGCCGUCAUUGUUUACAUGAUGGUCAAAGAUGCCAUAGUGUCCGGCGCAGACCACUACGAACGCAUCGGAUAUCGCAAUGCCUGGGUCUCCGUCACACAGGUCCCGCUACUCUAUUUGCUGGCCUCGAGAACUAACGUCAUCGCAUUCAUCACUGGCACAAGCUACGAGAGGCUGAACUGGCUACACCGAUGGGUAGCUCGCACCUUGUUCGUUACCGCUACCGUCCACGGCUUUCACUUCUACGCCUCCUGGCUUCUAUGGGAUGGGGUCGAGAUCGAAAUGGAGAUGAUGCCCAUGGUUAAAUACGGAUUCGGGGCUUGGGGGAUUCUAUUAUGGAUGACCGUCACCUCCUUCAAGCCCUUCCGGUCCAUGGCAUACGAACUUUUUGUCAUCCAGCACAUUCUGGCCGCCGUCGCCUUCCUCUGCGUUAUCUACACCCACGUUCCCAGGAACGCUAAAUAUAAUGUUUGGUUUGCCAUCGCCGCGCUCUGUUUCGACCGUGCUUGUCGUCUAGCUCUCCUGUUCUGGCAGAACGUCAAGUUGCGUUUGGGCGACUCGGGAUGCAAGGGUGUGCAGCGAAUCGGCCACCAGACGCAGCUGUCCGCGAUGGGCGAUUCUAUGACAGUGUUGACGAUUAAGGAUGUCCACUUCAAAUGGAAGACAGGCCAGCACCUAUACCUGUGGCUGCCGCGAGUGGGGCCAUUCGAAGUGCACCCGUACACGAUCGCUUCCUCACACCAGAUGCCGGACACCUGUAUCUGCAAUAGCAUCCAACUAGUGGUGCGUUCCCAUUCGGGGUUUUCAAAACGGCUCAACACGUUCGUGCGCAAGCAGGAGGAGUUGGGAAGGAGGCAGACACUGAGGGCAUUUGUGCUGGGGCCCUACGGCAACCCGCCCCAGUGGACGGCUUUCGAGACGCUAGUACUCAUCGCAGCAUCGACCGGCGCUUCUUUUACCGUUCCUAUACUAGAGAGUGUUCUAGACCCCCACUCGGCAUCCUGCAUUAAACGAGUCGAUUUUCUGCUGGCAGCUCGACAGGGGGAAGAAAUUGCGUUCUAUCACGAGCGUUUGCACGAGGCUAUUGGGAGAGCCAAGUCGGCAGGCAUUGAAUUGAUCGUCCGCAUCGCCGUUACCGGCAAUGGACAGCUCGAUACGAUGACCGAUAUAUCGGGCACCUCUUCCCGGGGGUCUGGAAUAAGUCGUGAGAAGGCAGGGAUCGAGGAAGAGAUCAAGUCCUCGGAAAGCGUUGGCGGGAUCGGCGGGGCCGUUCAACCCUUGAUGAGCGCGUCACGCCAACCCCUCUCCCCCAUCGGUUCCGACUCCCACAUCCACCACUCGGCGGCGCGACCCGACAUUGCGCGCUUUAUCAGAAUUGCCGUUGAGGCUACCGGGGGCGAAACGGGAGUGGCGGUAUGCGGUGGGCAGUCGCUAGUUGCUGAAGUUAGAACCUGCGUCGCGAAGCUCAGCGACGAAAGAGCCGUACACAAAGGCACUGGCGCACAAGGGAUUUAUUUGCAUGUGGAGGAAUAUUCUUUUUGAUUUGGGGAGGUAAGGAGAAAAGAAAGCAGGCAUCGCGGAGGGUCGCCGUCGAGAGGACAUGGACCGCUGGUGCGAAGGAACCGGUUUAGUGGCAAGUUGUGGUGUCCAUCUCGACGCAUGGAUUGCGGAUAUUGUGAUGAGUUAACGAACGCUGGAGAGCGGGUUGCUAGGAAUGCGAUAUUUCGCUAGCUACAUUCUCUGAACCUUCCACCAUAUACGAUAGCAUCGAAGCCCAAGCAAGCUUAUGUUGAAGUUCUAAACCCGACUCUGGUCAUCGCGUGUGGUUUCGUCGGGUUGUAGGUAC